CGGUGAGUUCACACAGAUGGAUCUGGCAACCGAUGAUGUCAUGAUUCUGGACACCUGGGAUCAGAUCUUUGUUUGGGUCGGAAAGGAUGCCAAUGAGGUGGAGAAAACUGGAUCAGUCAAGAUUGCCCAAGACUAUGUGAAUUCGGACCCCUCUGGUCGUUUCGGGAUCCCCAUCAGCACCAUUAAGCAGGGGGAGGAGCCACUCUCCUUCACCGGCUGGUUCCAUGCCUGGGACCCCAAGAUGUGGAACAAAGAUCUUAUGCAGUGGAUGCAAACCCGUAUCAAAAAGCAUUAGUAGAAAAACUAAAAGCAGUAGAAAACACCUGCAAAGAUCCUUACUUAUCACAUAUUGUU